AGUGUUUUUAUCCAUGUUAGUUUUCGUCAAAGAAAUAGAUGGAUUUCAAUAUUUUAAAUAAGGUUUUCGGUUAAUUUCAGCUCGUUAUAGUGGUGAGGCAGCGAGGCCAAUAAGCAGCCAUGGCCCUGCCGCCCUACCUGCUGGGGCCGCACCCCUGGGCCACGAUGAUGGCCCAGCAGCAGGCGGCCCACGCGCAGCUGGCCGCGGCGGCCCAGGCCCAGGCGCACGCCCAGGCGGCGGCGGCGCACGCCCACGCCCACGCCCACGCCGCCCACCAGGCCCACAUGCAGGCCCAGGCGCAGCAGGCGCAGCAGGCGCACCACCACGGGCCCGCGCCCGCCCAGCCGCACAAGCAGCACGAGGUCAUCUCCGAGGAGAAGCUGCAGGAGAAGGCCCAGAAGUGGCAGCAGCUGCAGUCGAAGCGGUUCUCGGAGAAGAGGAAGUUCGGCUUUGUGGACGCCCAGAAGGAAGACAUGCCCCCGGAGCACAUCCGCAAGAUCAUCCGCGACCACGGCGACAUGAGCAGCCGCAAGUACCGGCACGACAAGCGCGUGUACCUGGGGGCCUUGAAGUACAUGCCACACGCCGUGAUGAAGCUGCUGGAGAACAUGCCCAUGCCCUGGGAGCAGAUCCGCGACGUCAAGGUCCUCUACCACAUCACGGGUGCCAUCACCUUCGUGAACGAGAUACCCUGGGUCAUCGAGCCCGUCUACAUCGCGCAGUGGGGCACGAUGUGGAUCAUGAUGCGGCGGGAGAAGCGGGACCGCCGGCACUUCAAGCGCAUGCGCUUCCCGCCCUUCGACGACGAGGAGCCGCCCCUGGACUACGCGGACAACGUGCUGGACGUGGAGCCCCUGGAGGCCAUCCAGAUCGAGCUGGACCCCGACGAGGACGCCGCGGUGGCCAAGUGGCUGUACGACCACAAGCCCCUCGUCGGCACCAAAUACGUGAAUGGGUCAACCUACCGCCGCUGGAACCUCACCCUCCCACAGUUGGCAACACUGUACCGGCUGGCCAACCAGCUGCUGACGGACUUGGUCGACACAAACUACUUCUACUUGUUCGACCUGAAGUCCUUCUUCACUGCCAAGGCGCUUAACAUGGCCAUCCCCGGGGGCCCCAAGUUCGAACCUCUUAUCAAGGAUUCCAACCCCGCGGAUGAAGAUUGGAAUGAGUUCAAUGACAUCAACAAGAUCAUCAUCAGACAACCGAUCCGAACAGAAUACAGGAUUGCGUUUCCUUACUUAUACAACAACAUGCCGCACUACGUGCAUCUAUCGUGGUACCACACACCCAACGUGGUGUACAUUAAGACAGAAGACCCGGAUCUACCUGCGUUCUACUUCGAUCCCCUCAUCAACCCCAUAUCUCACAGGCACAGCCUCAAGGCGACGGAGCCGCUGCCGGAAGAUGACGAGGAGUUUGAGCUGGCGGAGGACGUGUCUCCGUUCCUGCAGGAGAUCCCGCUGUACACGGACAACACGGCGCACGGCAUCGCGCUGCUGUGGGCGCCCCGCCCGUUCAACAUCCGGUCCGGGAGGUGCAGGCGCGCCAUUGACGUGCCCCUGGUCAAGUCCUGGUACCGGGAGCACUGCCCCCCGGGCCAGCCCGUCAAGGUCCGGGUCAGCUACCAGAAGCUGCUCAAGUACUACGUGCUCAACGCCCUCAAGCACCGCCCGCCCAAGCCGCAGAAGAAGAGGUACCUGUUCCGCUCCUUCAAGGCCACCAAGUUCUUCCAGACGACGACCCUGGACUGGGUGGAGGCGGGCCUGCAGGUGUGCCGCCAGGGCUACAACAUGCUCAACCUGCUCAUCCACCGCAAGAACCUCAACUACCUCCACCUCGACUACAACUUCAACCUGAAGCCCGUCAAGACGCUCACCACCAAGGAGCGCAAGAAGUCCCGCUUCGGCAACGCGUUCCACCUGUGCCGCGAGAUCCUGCGGCUGACCAAGCUGAUCGUGGACUCGCACGUGCAGUACCGCCUCAACAACGUGGACGCCUUCCAGCUGGCAGACGGCAUCCAGUACAUCUUCGCGCACGUGGGCCAGCUCACCGGCAUGUACCGCUACAAGUACAAGCUCAUGAGGCAGAUCCGCAUGUGCAAGGACCUCAAGCACCUCGUCUACUACCGCUUCAACACGGGCCCCGUGGGCAAGGGCCCCGGCUGCGGGUUCUGGGCCCCGGGCUGGCGCGUGUGGCUGUUCUUCAUGCGCGGCAUCACGCCCCUGCUGGAGCGCUGGCUGGGCAACCUGCUGUCGCGACAGUUCGAGGGCCGCCACUCCAAGGGCGUGGCCAAGACCGUCACCAAGCAGCGGGUCGAGUCCCACUUCGACCUGGAGCUGCGCGCCUCCGUGAUGCACGACAUCGUGGACAUGAUGCCGGAGGGCAUCAAGCAGAACAAGGCCAGGACCAUCCUGCAGCAUCUGUCCGAGGCGUGGCGCUGCUGGAAGGCCAACAUCCCGUGGAAGGUGCCGGGGCUGCCCACGCCCAUAGAGAACAUGAUCCUGCGCUACGUGAAGAUGAAGGCGGACUGGUGGACCAACACCGCCCACUACAACCGCGAGCGUAUCCGGCGGGGGGCAACCGUGGACAAGACAGUGUGCAAGAAGAACCUGGGCCGCCUCACCCGCCUCUACCUGAAGGCCGAGCAGGAGCGGCAGCACAACUACCUCAAGGACGGGCCGUACAUCUCGCCCGAGGAGGCGGUGGCCAUCUACACCACGACGGUCCACUGGCUGGAGUCCCGGAGGUUCGCCCCCAUCCCCUUCCCCCCGCUGUCGUACAAGCACGACACCAAGCUGCUCAUCCUGUCGCUGGAGCGCCUCAAGGAGGCAUACAGCGUGAAGUCGCGUCUGAACCAGAGCCAGCGGGAGGAGCUGGGGCUGAUCGAGCAGGCGUACGACAACCCCCACGAGGCUCUGUCCCGCAUCAAGCGGCACCUGCUCACCCAGAGGGCCUUCAAGGAGGUGGGGAUAGAGUUUAUGGACCUGUACAGCCACCUGGUGCCAGUGUACGAUGUGGAGCCCCUGGAGAAGAUCACGGACGCCUACCUGGACCAGUACCUGUGGUACGAGGCGGACAAGCGCCGGCUGUUCCCCCCAUGGGUCAAGCCCUCCGACACGGAGCCCCCGCCCCUGCUCGUCUACAAGUGGUGCCAAGGCAUCAACAACCUGCAGGACGUGUGGGACGUGACUGAAGGGGAGUGCAACGUGCUGCUCGAGUCAAAAUUCGAGAAGAUGUACGAGAAGAUCGACCUGACGCUCCUCAACAGGCUGCUGCGACUCAUCGUCGACCACAACAUCGCCGACUACAUGACCGCCAAGAACAACGUCGUCAUCAACUACAAGGACAUGAACCACACCAACAGCUACGGCAUCAUCCGCGGCCUGCAGUUCGCCUCGUUCAUCGUGCAGUACUACGGCCUGGUGCUGGACCUGCUGGUGCUGGGGCUGCAGCGGGCCUCCGAGAUGGCCGGCCCCCCGCAGAUGCCCAACGACUUCCUCACCUUCCAGGACGUGGCCACCGAGGGCGCCCACCCCAUCCGCCUGUACUGCCGCUACGUGGACCGCGUGCACGUUUUCUUCAGGUUCACUGCGGAGGACGCGAGGGACCUGAUCCAGCGCUACCUCACGGAGCACCCGGACCCCAACAACGAGAACAUUGUCGGGUACAACAACAAGAAGUGCUGGCCGCGUGACGCCCGCAUGCGGCUCAUGAAGCACGACGUGAACCUGGGUCGAGCUGUGUUCUGGGACAUUAAGAACCGCCUGCCGCGCUCCACCACGACCAUCCAGUGGGAGAACAGCUUCGUCAGCGUGUACUCCAAGGACAACCCCAACCUGCUGUUCAACAUGAGCGGCUUCGAGUGCCGCAUCCUGCCCAAGUGCCGCACCACCCACGAGGAGUUCACGCACCGGGACGGGGUGUGGAACCUCCAGAACGAGGUGACCAAGGAGCGCACCGCCCAGUGCUUCCUGAGGGUCGACGAGGAGAGCCUGCAGCGCUUCCACAACCGCGUGCGCCAGAUCCUCAUGGCCAGCGGCUCCACCACCUUCACCAAGAUCGUCAACAAGUGGAACACGGCGCUGAUCGGCCUGAUGACGUACUUCCGGGAGGCUGUGGUGAACACCCAGGAGCUGCUGGACCUGCUGGUGAAGUGCGAGAACAAGAUCCAGACCCGCAUCAAGAUCGGCCUCAACUCGAAGAUGCCGUCCCGCUUCCCUCCGGUGGUCUUCUACACGCCCAAGGAGCUGGGCGGCCUGGGCAUGCUGUCCAUGGGCCACGUGCUCAUCCCCCAGUCCGACCUCCGCUGGUCGAAGCAGACGGACGUGGGCAUCACGCACUUCCGCUCCGGCAUGAGCCACGACGAGGACCAGCUGAUCCCCAACCUGUACCGCUACAUCCAGCCGUGGGAGUCGGAGUUCAUCGACUCGCAGCGCGUGUGGGCCGAGUACGCGCUCAAGCGGCAGGAGGCCAACGCCCAGAACCGCCGCCUCACGCUGGAGGACCUGGAGGACAGCUGGGACCGCGGCAUCCCGCGCAUCAACACGCUCUUCCAGAAGGACCGCCACACGCUGGCCUACGACAAGGGCUGGCGCAUCCGCACCGAGUUCAAGCAGUACCAGGUGCUGAAGCAGAACCCGUUCUGGUGGACCCACCAGCGGCACGACGGCAAGCUGUGGAACCUCAACAACUACCGCACGGACAUGAUCCAGGCACUGGGCGGCGUGGAGGGCAUCCUGGAGCACACGCUCUUCAAGGGCACCUACUUCCCCACCUGGGAGGGUCUGUUCUGGGAGAAGGCAUCAGGUUUUGAAGAGUCCAUGAAGUACAAGAAGCUGACGAACGCUCAGAGAUCUGGUUUGAACCAGAUCCCGAACCGUCGGUUCACGCUGUGGUGGUCCCCCACCAUCAACCGUGCCAACGUGUAUGUUGGUUUCCAGGUGCAACUGGACCUUACCGGCAUCUUCAUGCACGGGAAGAUCCCCACGCUGAAGAUUUCCCUCAUCCAGAUAUUCCGUGCCCACUUGUGGCAGAAAGUGCACGAGUCGAUCGUCAUGGAUCUGUGCCAGGUGUUUGACCAGGAGCUGGACGCCCUGGAGAUAGAGACGGUGCAGAAGGAGACCAUCCACCCCCGCAAGUCCUACAAGAUGAACUCCUCCUGCGCCGACAUCCUGCUGUUCGCCGCCUACAAGUGGAACGUGUCCCGCCCGUCGCUUCUGGCCGACUCCAAGGACACGAUGGACAACACGACCACCCAGAAGUACUGGAUCGACGUGCAGCUGCGGUGGGGGGACUACGACUCCCACGACAUAGAGCGGUACGCCCGCGCCAAGUUCCUGGACUACACCACGGACAACAUGAGCAUCUACCCCUCGCCCACCGGCCUGCUCAUCGCCAUCGACCUGGCGUACAACCUGCACAGUGCGUACGGCAACUGGUUCCCGGGCUGCAAGCCGCUGAUCCAGCAGGCCAUGGCCAAGAUCAUGAAGGCCAACCCCGCCCUCUACGUGCUGCGGGAGCGGAUCAGGAAGGCCCUGCAGCUGUACUCCUCGGAGCCCACCGAGCCCUACCUGUCGUCCCAGAACUACGGCGAGCUCUUCUCCAACCAGAUCAUCUGGUUCGUGGACGACACUAACGUGUACCGGGUCACCAUCCACAAGACGUUCGAGGGCAACCUCACCACGAAGCCCAUCAACGGGGCCAUCUUCAUCUUCAACCCGCGCACGGGCCAGCUGUUCCUGAAGAUCAUCCACACGUCGGUGUGGGCCGGCCAGAAGCGCCUGGGCCAGCUGGCCAAGUGGAAGACGGCGGAGGAGGUGGCGGCGCUGAUCCGCUCCCUGCCCGUGGAGGAGCAGCCCAAGCAGAUCAUCGUCACCCGCAAGGGAAUGCUGGAUCCCCUCGAGGUCCACUUGCUGGACUUCCCCAACAUCGUGAUCAAGGGCUCGGAGCUCCAGCUCCCCUUCCAGGCCUGCCUCAAGGUCGAGAAGUUCGGCGACCUCAUCCUCAAGGCCACGGAGCCCCAGAUGGUGCUCUUCAACCUCUACGACGACUGGCUCAAGACCAUCUCGUCGUACACGGCGUUCUCGCGCCUGAUCCUGAUCCUGCGGGCGCUGCACGUGAACACGGAGCGCACCAAGGUGAUCCUGAAGCCGGACAAGACGACCAUCACCGAGCCGCACCACAUCUGGCCCACGCUCACCGACGAGGAGUGGAUCAAGGUGGAGGUGCAGCUCAAGGACCUCAUCCUCGCCGACUACGGCAAGAAGAACAACGUGAACGUGGCGUCGCUGACGCAGUCGGAGAUCAGGGACAUAAUCCUGGGCAUGGAGAUCAGCGCGCCGUCGGCGCAGCGGCAGCAGAUCGCGGAGAUAGAGAAGCAGACCAAGGAGCAGUCGCAGCUGACGGCGACCACCACGCGCACCGUCAACAAGCACGGGGACGAGAUCAUCACCUCCACCACGUCCAACUACGAGACGCAGACCUUCAGUUCGAAGACUGAGUGGCGCGUGCGAGCUAUCUCUGCCACUAACCUCCACCUCCGUACGAACCACAUCUACGUCUCGUCUGACGACAUCAAAGAGACGGGAUACACCUACAUUCUUCCCAAGAACGUCCUUAAGAAGUUUGUGACCAUUUCCGACCUCAGGGCACAGAUAGCGGGCUACCUGUACGGCCUGAGCCCCGCGGACAACCCCCAGGUGAAGGAGAUCCGCUGCAUCGUGAUGGCCCCGCAGUGGGGCACGCACCAGACGGUCCACCUGCCCCACCAGCUGCCCCAGCACCAGUACCUCAAGGACAUGGAGCCCCUGGGCUGGAUCCACACGCAGCCCAACGAGUUGCCGCAGCUCUCGCCCCAGGACAUCACCACGCACGCCCGCGUCAUGGCCGAGAACACUUCCUGGGACGGCGAGAAGACCAUCGUCAUCACCUGCAGCUUCACGCCGGGCUCCUGCUCGCUCACCGCCUACAAGCUCACCCCCAGCGGGUACGAGUGGGGGCGGCAGAACACGGACAAGGGCAACAACCCCAAGGGCUACCUGCCCAGCCACUACGAGAAGGUGCAGAUGCUGCUGUCGGACCGCUUCCUCGGCUUCUUCAUGGUGCCGACCCAGGGCUCCUGGAACUACAACUUCAUGGGCGUGCGUCACGACCCGAACAUGAAGUACGAGCUGCAGCUGUCCAACCCCAAGGAGUUCUACCACGAGAUCCACCGGCCGGCGCACUUCCUCAACUUCUCCUCGCUGGAGGACGGCGACGGCGUGGGGGCCGACCGCGAGGACAUGUACGCCUAGGCCACGCCCCUCCGCGGAGAGCUGCGACGACCCCUGCAAGUGGACUUGUGCUGUACAUAGAGAGUCAGUUAUUCUUAUACAAGUCACUCGUGAGGGGGAUUCACAUUUUUAUUUAUAUCUCUGUUUUAAGAAGUCUACCUAAUAGAGAGUUUCUUAGAUUUUGCAGAAAUAAAAUUUCCUUUUUGUCUCUUGUUAUAUCUCUUCAAGAUAAAGUAAUUGACAUGCCAAGUUUUUUUUUUUUUUGUUCCCCUCUGGACUAAUUUAUAUCUUGCUGGUAUGUGUUUAUAGCUUAUAAAUGGUAGAGCUCACAUGUAGGUAUUAAGGUACAGAAUUGUAUUUUUUUUUUUGUGGGUACAUUCCUUUUGAGAAAUUUUAAAUAUUUGAGGCAUGUUUGCAAAUCUGCUUGAUUUUGGCUCGCACGUUUUUUGUAGUGGUCGUUGUCGAAACUUAAACUGUGAUGUAUGUAAACUUAUUUUAUAUUUGGAGAUAUAGAUGUAAAGUGUUUAUUAUUAAUAAAUACAUUUCAUAGUAGUUGUAAUAAA